AUGCGAAACUCUUUGAGAAAUUUCCUCAAACAUGUGGUGGUCAAGGUAGGUGUGGGCUGUAAACGGUUGUUGGGAAGGAGAGUACCAGAGGAUGAAGAGAGAAACAUGGGGGGUCGCUACUCGCUAGUAACUGGUGGUUGUGGGCAAGGAGUGUUGCCGGUGGUGUUUCGCUGGGCAAACGCAGUGGGCAGAGGCGGUGGAGAGAGAGGGGGAAUGCAAGGAGCAAAGGGAGGGGGAGAGAGACCUGACUUCUUGUCGUUUCUCACUAUAUCUGUUGUGGCUACUACCGGUGAUGGGUAG